AUAGCACUGAUAAGAUUCUUAAUACAGAACAUACUAGAGUGGUAGUAGUACUCGAUAUUCACGAGCUCCAAUUUUCGAAUAGUCUUGAAUUAUAUAUCAAUUCAAUUAUUAUCACUAGUUAGAAAUCUUUCUGCCUCUGAAGAACUACCUGCGUACCAACAUAACUUGUAUAGACGCGUACUAGUAGGGCCUAUGACUUUUUUAAUGCGCUCGGUAUAGUGGUGCCAGUCUUUGCUAGCCUCAAUAAGGUUUUUUUUAUCUGUAGUGCAGGCAGUGAGCGUUUAGUUAUUUUUUCAGCUUUAACAUGAGUAAGGCUAGAGAUGAGUUUAACUUGGAAGAUCUGCGUGAGGCUGCUGAUUAUCUGGCUAACAGAAUAUCAUCUAAACCAAAAUUACUUAUAAUAUGUGGAACUGGCUUGGGUAGUUUGGCUGAUUUGGUUGAAAAUCCCGUCAGCAUAAAUUAUGAGGAAAUUCCACAUUUCCCAGUCAGUACUGUCCAAGGGCAUCAUGGGAGGCUGGUCUUUGGAACGCUCAGCCAUGUCAACGUGGUUUGUAUGCAAGGAAGGUUCCAUUAUUUUGAAGGAUACUCAGUUAGAGAAAUAACGAAACCAAUAAGAAUAAUGAAGCUCUUAGGUGUCGAGGGUUUGUUUAUAACAAAUUCAGCUGGAGGGUUGAAUCCCCAGUACAAAGUAGGCGAUGUGAUGAUUUUGAAAGACCAUUUCAAUUUUCUCUCUUUUGGAGGUGAGAAUCCCUUAAGAGGUCCCAACGAUGACAAUUUUGGUGACAGAUUUAUUCCCACGAACAAAGCUUAUAACAAAAAACUGAUCAGUAUAGCUCGCGACAUAGCCAAACAAGUAGGAUUAAAAAGUAACUGUCAUGAAGGUGUUUAUGCUAUUGUAUCAGGACCGAAUUAUGAAACAGUCGCUGAAUCUAGAGCUCUUUUAAUGUUAGGGGUAGAUGCCGUAGGUAUGUCAACAGUUCCAGAAGUUAUCGUAGCCAAACAUUGUGGAAUGACAGUUUUUGGAUUCAGUUUUAUAACCAAUCUCUGUAUAACUUCGUACGAUACAGAUCACGAACCUAACCACGGAAAUAUUCUGGAUAGUGUGGAGAGUAGAUCAGUCCAAAUCCAAAAUUUCGUAAUCAAAAUGGUUGAAGCAAGCAAAGAUCUAUGGAAGAGUGAUAGAUAAUACAAAGUGUACAUAAUAUUACGACUUAAUAUAUAGCAAAAAGAAUGCAGAUAUUUUUUUUU